AUGCUCUUCCUCUUUGUGAAGGAACCCAUCACCAUCAGCCUCACAGCGAUGUACCUGGUGUCCUUUGUGGUGGGCUUGGUGGGCAACAUCAUGUCCAUCAGGGUGCUCACUCGGAAGCGUCGAAGUCGAGUGUCCAGCCUGAGUGCCACCCGCAGCCUCCUCAUCAACCUGGCGGUGUGUGACCUCAUGGUGGUGUGCGUCUGCAUGCCUAUCACUGUAGGCAACCUCAUCUACAAAGCUUGGGUGUACGGGGACUUCCUUUGCCGGGCGGUGCCCUUCAUCCAGGCUGUUUCUGUCUCUGCCAGCGUCCUCAGCCUGACCGUCAUCAGCGUGAACCGGUACUACAGCGUGCACAAUCCACUCAACGCCCGGUCUUUCUUCACUCAGAAGAGGAUCCUCAGCACCAUCCUGGUGGUGUGGUUGUUGUCCUCAGGGAUCUGCAUGCCUCUCAUCUUCAUGAACAAACGGGAUGAGAUUGGGGUGGUGGAGGGCUUGCCUCUGGUGUUUUCAAUCUGCAGAGAGAUUUGGCCUCAGGAGAGGCUCAAGCAAGCCUAUAACUUUCUGCUCUUCUGUGCCCUCUACUGCCUGCCGGUCCUGUUCAACAUGGUCAUCUGCUUCCUCACGGUGCGCCGGCUGUGGAGCCGCAGCAGCCAGCUGAAGGAGAGCACUGCCCUCAACCGAUCUCUGCCAGCCUCCAGGCUGAAGAUCCGGAAGAAAGUAGCACAGAUGGUGGUGGCCCUGGUCCUGCUGUUUGCGAUCUCCUGGCUGCCCGUCUACCUGAUGGACAUCUGGAUUGAUUUCAACAUUCCCAAAUCUUUGCAGGAUGUGACUCCUUCUCCUUGGAUCCUGCAGCUCAGACCUUUUGCCCAGUGGCUUGGUCUCACCAAUUCCAGUCUCAAUCCUAUAUGCUAUUGCUUUGUUGGGAACCUCUACAGUAAUCAUUACCGGAGGCAGCCCAAGGAUCUCAUAAAGCCACGUGCCUGGAGGAAGACCAUUUCCAGCAUGAACAUGCACAACCAGCAGCAG